GCGACUUCAGAGGCGCCGGCCCGUCCGCCUGCCGCACCUGAGCGCGGCCCCAGCCUGAGCCCAGCCGGCCGCGAUGCUCUAGGGACCGGCCGCGUCCUCCGCCGGACCGUUAUCCGCGCCGGGCGCCCGCCGGACCCGCCGGCAAGAUGCCGCGCUCUUUCCUGGUCAAGAAGCAUUUCAACGCCUCCAAAAAGCCCAACUACAGCGAACUGGACACACACACAGUGAUUAUUUCCCCAUAUCUCUAUGAGAGUUACCCCGUGCCUGUCAUACCACAACCAGAGAUCCUCAGCUCGGGAGCAUACAGCCCCAUUACCGUGUGGACUACGGCAGCUCCAUUCCACUCCCCAUUAUCCAAUGGCCUCUCUCCUCUUUCUGGAUACCCCUCAACCUUGGGGCGAGUGAGCCCCCCUCCUCCAUCUGACACCUCAUCCAAGGACCACAGUGGCUCAGAAAGCCCCAUUAGUGAUGAAGAGGAAAGACUACAAUCCAAGCUUUCAGACCCCCAUGCCAUUGAAGCUGAAAAGUUUCAGUGCAAUUUAUGCAAUAAAACCUAUUCAACUUUUUCUGGGCUGGCCAAACAUAAGCAGUUGCACUGUGACGCCCAGUCUAGGAAAUCUUUCAGCUGUAAAUACUGUGACAAGGAAUAUGUGAGCCUGGGCGCCCUUAAGAUGCACAUUCGGACCCACACUUUACCUUGUGUCUGCAAGAUCUGUGGCAAGGCGUUUUCCAGACCCUGGUUACUUCAAGGACACAUUAGAACUCACACCGGGGAGAAGCCUUUUUCUUGCCCUCACUGCAACAGAGCAUUUGCAGACAGGUCAAAUCUGAGGGCUCAUCUGCAGACCCACUCGGAUGUAAAGAAAUACCAGUGCAAAAACUGCUCCAAAACCUUCUCCAGAAUGUCUCUUCUGCACAAACAUGAGGAAUCUGGCUGCUGUGUAGCACACUGAGUUACGCAAUCAAUGUUUACUCGAACAGAAUGCAUUUCUUCACUCCGACUCCAAAUGACAAAUAAAAGUCCAAAGGCAUUUUCUCUUGUGCUUACCGACCAAAUAAUGUGUAUAGACACACAGACACAUGGACACACACACACACAAACACACACACACACAGGCACACACAGGCACACACACUAAAAGCUGCAAGAGCAUGAAAUCCAUGUGUUCAUAUUUAAUCCUUUCCAUGUGAAGUUUAAAAUUACUAUAUAUUUACUGACAGCUAGAUUGAGAGGAUAAAAGACAAGAAUCUUUCUCUUCAAAAGAUGAAGCAAGAAGCACAUUGCAUCUUUUCUCACUAAGAAAGAAUGCAAAGAUUUACAUUGCUGCCAAAUCAUUUCAACUGAAAAGAACAGUAUUGUUUUGUAAUAGAGUUUGUAAUAGAAUUUCCUAUAGGAAGAGAAUUUGCCAGACACUAUCUCAGGUGCCUUAUAAAGUAUUCCAAGUUUACUUCAUUACAUGUCUGAUGUCUGGUUAUCAUUGUUGAACUAAAGCCUUUUUUGAUUACCUGUAAUGCUUUAAACUGUAUUUUUAAGAGAGAGACCAAGAAAGAGAAAAAAAAAAAAAAGAACAAGAACAAAACACAGGAGAAUGU